UUUAAUGUGAAUGCUUAACAAAAGCAAAAACUGGUUUUUGUAAAGGUUUUUCUUUUGAAUAAAUCAUAAAAGAGAAACAGAAUUCUCAAAUUUCAAGAGUCCCAAUGGAUUUUAGGAAGCAGUCAAAGAAAAAAUACACCAAAAUCAACAUUUAAAACAAUUCUAGCUAGAGUAACCUUACAGUGGAUGGGGAGAAAAUAAAAAUUUUGGACACACCUAAAAGGACAUUAGAAAAUAUAGGCUUGUCCAAAGCUUAAUCAUUCAGCAUUAGCAAACCUAUGCCUUAUCUCCUAACUUGAUAAAAAACAUGAUUUCUAAAAACAUAAUACAGCAAAGAUUUUAAUAGAAAACAUGAAGUGCUCUUUGGCACAAUCUUUUUUACAGGCCUGUCAUUUAAAGUUAUUAAAGAUUUUAUACUGAAUUGAGUUUACUCUUAAGACCAACUUGAAAAAGACUGUUUAGACCUAUAUAGGCUCAACCUAUUAUACUUAAAAUAUAAUAUUGCCUGGUGUUCAAAAAAGUAUAAAAACACUUGGUAAAAAGUAUUUUUUUCAUUAGGAGAAAAAAUGAGGCAGAUUCACAUACUUAGUUUUCUUCUUCUACUUUUAGCUUGUGGAAUUAAUUGUCAAAUAGCUCUGAGACUUCAUGUGCAGGCUGUUGCUAUAGAAGGAAAAUCAAUUGUUAUUGUGAUAGAAAAGGUCACAGGAGCACCAACAUGCAGUAUAUCCACUGCAAAACCUGAUGGAACAGUAAUUCAUACUGGUACAGUAACUCUGACCUUAGCAAAUACGCAACAUCAAAUUCCAAGCACUGCAAUUGGGAGUAUAACCAACAGUUUUUUUGCUAAAAGUACCUUCACAUGUCAACUUAAUUCAGAAGAACUAGUUUUUUCACAUCAAACAUAUGUUUACUCUCAAGAAGACUUUGGUCAAAAUGAACUACCUGGUUUAUUUUUAUUAUUCAUUGACAUGUCCAGUCAGCAAUCAUCACCAACUACUAUUGGUGUUAGUGUUGAUCGUGCUAAUACUGAUACUACUUGCAGAACUGAAUCUACAGAUACUUCUAAAGUUACAAUAGAUGUAUCUGGACCAUUUACUCUUGACUCCCAAAUUGUACAAAUUAUAGCAACAAAGACUGGAUCCAGUGACUUUGCAUUUGUAAAGGCAACAUGCGAGGUGGCUUCAAAAUCUUUUAUAAACUAUAUUCCAAUAUAUUUUGCCAGUGGCUCAACUGAUUUAUGGGUCUCUGCAACAGGAGAUCCACAUUUUGAACAAGUUGUUAAUGAUAUUUCUACAUUGGAAAAAAAACAUAUUUGUUAUGAUGUAACUGGUACAACUGGUGAUUAUAUAUAUAUAGCUGGAUUUUCUAUGAAAGGAAUUAAAAUUUUUGGACAGCUUAAAGAUGAUUAUUAUAUGCAUAAAAUUGUUGUUCAAACACCUUUUGGUAAUAUGAGCUUUUCAAUUGACAGCUUUACUCUUGAUAAUAAAAAAACUUUUGCAUGGAAUCAUAGUCUGCAAAAUUUACUUUUAGCCACUGACCAAUUCAAAUAUCAUAUAAAAAAUAGUAAAAUGAUUGUGAUAACUGAAAGAAGAUCUUCAUUCUCAAUUAAAAUUCAAAAAUCUACACAUGGUCUUGGAGAAUUUCAUCUAGAUGUUAGCUUUAAGACUGUGCCUGAAGAUUACCCACAAAUGACUGGGUUACUUGGUGAUGUUGGAAAAAAACACUUUACAUUCUACUCAAUGAUUCAAUCUAACAGAGAUGAAAGUGAAUUUAAGUCUGUUGCAGUUAUAGUUAAUAAUAACUUAAUAAGAGGAAGACUUCAAAACAGAAAAGAUCAAAUUUCUUGUUGGCUGAUGGAUAUUAAUGAUAUCCUAAAGCCUUUCAAGAUAUCCAAUUAUUUGCUCCAGAAAAUUUAAUGACAAAGAUUUUGCUAUUGACACAUAAAAUAUUUUAUAUAAAGUAACAUACAGUUUUUACAGAAUGAAUACAGAUUAAUU